AUGCCUCCAGAGAUGUAUGAUGAGAUGCUGGAUCGAAUUGGCCCACGUAUACAUAAGAUGGACACCAACUACUGGCUGGCGAUAGAUCCUGGGGUGAAACUGGCCACAACUUUGCGAUACCUGGCGACUGGUGAUAGCUACACAACAGUGUCCUAUUCUUUCAGAGUGUCACGCCAUACAGUUGCUGCCUUCAUUCCUAUUGUGACCAAGGCUAUUGUCGAAGAUUACAAAGAUGAAGUAAACCCCUGUCCUGUAACUGCUGAAGAAUGGAAAGAAAUCGCUGAUGAAUUUCAGAAGAGGUGGAAUGUGCCACACGCCCUUGGAGCUCUGGAUGGUAAACAUUGCGCAAUCAGGAAACCUCCUAACAGUGGGUCGCUGUACUAUAACUACAAGAAGUUCUGCUCUUUGAUUUCUGCAUCAGAACUUAAGGAGAGCGUUAAACAAGGUAUGCUGAAUCUGCCUGCUCCAGCGCCAAUGCCCAACGACGACGUUGAAUUCCCCUUCUUCUUUCUGGUUGAUGAUGCCUUUGCUUUACGUAACUACAUGAUGAAGCCCUACUCAAGAAGAGGUUUGAGCAGAGAGGAGGUCAUCCUCAACUACAGGAUAUCCAGGGGCAGACGUGUUGUGGAAAACGCCUACGGGAUUUUGGCUAGCCGGUGGCGGUGCAUGCUAACGCCUAUGCAAGUAAUCCCUGAAGUAGGCAGACUGAAUGUGGAAGCAAGUGUGAUUCUUCAUAACAUCAUGAGGAUGAGGUACCCACAGAUGCAGAAUGCAGAAAUGGAUAAGGAAGAUGAAGACCAUAAUCUUAUCCCAGGAGAGUGGAGAAAUGGAGCUGCGAUGCAUGACCUUGCCCAAAACCUUGGCCACAACAGGGACAAUGUUGAAGGAAAGAACCAGAGGGACUAUCUCAAGCACUACUUCAACAGUCCAGCUGGGUCGAUUCCUUGGCAGGAUAGAACUCUUCAGCCCAGAGACAACUUAAGAUAUUGA